AGUAUUCAAGGUUGUUUCGAGAAUACAUAUCGGUUUCUUUCCACUCCCAACGACCAGCAUAACCACAUCAGUCUCCAGCAGUGAUGGCGACAGAGAUAGAUGAUAAAGUGAUCGGGUUGAUCGGAAUGGGUGAUAUGGGUCGGAUGUAUGCCGAUCGAUUAUCCCAAGACCCCAAGCGUCGUCUGUUAGUAUGUGAUCGUGCUGAACGUUAUGAGUCGUUGAAAGCCGAUUACAAAGAUCGUCCAAAUGUAGAAGUCAUGAAAAACGGUCAUUUAGUCAGUCGAGCCGCCGAUUUUAUAAUUUAUUCAGUCGAUGCAGAAUUCUUAGAAUCAGUUGUGGCUCAAUAUGGUCCAUCUACUAAACCAGGUGCAAUAGUCGCUGGUCAAACUUCCGUUAAAGCACCCGAACGAGCUGCAUUUGAAAAAUGUUUACCACCAGAUGUGAAGAUUUGUUCGGUUCACUCACUUCAUGGACCAUCAAUUUCACCCGACGGAGAGGCACUCAUCCUGGUACCACAUCGAUGUUCAGAUGCAGAUAAGGAACUGGUCAAACACGUACUUGCGCCAAUGCGUAGUAGAUAUGUCGAACUUACUUAUGAAGAACACGAUGAGGUGACCGCCAACACCCAAGCAUGUACCCAUGCAGCAUUUCUCAGUAUGGGAACGGCAUGGCAUGCAGCCGGUAACUUCCCCUGGGAACUUGGAAGGUAUGUUCGUGGUAUCGAAGUGGCCAAAAUCAAUAUCGCUCUACGAAUUUAUUCUGCAAAGUGGCAUGUUUAUGCCGGUUUGGCCAUCUUGAAUCCAGCCGCAAAACGUAUGAUAGACCAAUAUGCACGAUCAGUCACUGAAUUAUUCACCAUGAUGAUCUCAGCGAAAGAAGAAGAACUAAAAACCCGAAUCUUAAGCGCAAGAGACUACGUAUUUGGUUUACCAGGUUCAUAUCAUGCAACUGCUUCACCAAUCUUUCCUUCAGAUGAAUUCUUUUCAGAUUUUGCAGUAGGAGAACCAUCAGAUUCACCUUCACCACCAAACAGUCAUUUAACUUUAUUAGGAAUCGUAGAUUGUUGGCAUCAACUUAAGAUCAAUCCAUUCGAUCAUUUAGAUUUAGCUGCUACACCUGUCUUUAGAAUGUGGUUUGGAUUGAUUCAAUUUUUAUUUCAAUCAACUGAUCGUCUAGAAGCUACCAUUUCAGCUUCAAUUCAUGAUUUAAGUUAUAGAAGUGAUGAUUGUGAAUUCGUUUUAGCUGCUCGGGGUUGGUCUCAAUGUAUUAGUUAUGGAGAUUUUGGACUUUAUCGUCAGAGGUUUGAACAUACUGCUGAAUUCUUUAGUCCUAUGUUUGAAGAAGGUAAAGGUAAGAUUGGCGAGAUGAUGAAAUACGCCUUUAAGCCUGUGGCCGAAGUGAAACGACGGGACAGCACCUAACCACAACAGAUAUCGUCACGCUCAAUCACACUAUCGGCAAGACUGGCUCAAUCUUGAUUCCCAGCGACCUUGUGAUCUUUCAUACAACUCUCAACAUGAUUAACUUAUAGCCCUAGUCAGUUUGAUAAUACAGGCAUCUGUUGGGUUAUACCGAGUUUGAGGUUGUGCAGUCAUAUAUUUUAGUACACAU